AUGGGUGGAAACGACGAGAUCUGUGCCAUAUGUGGGCUUACGCCUGCUGUGAUCACCGCCUUCAAACAGGACUUCUUCCACUCUCACAAGAAGUGGCGCUUCCAAGAGCAUGAACCGGAGACAGUCGCCCUUGCAGAGCCCAGCAUCGAAGGGGGACCCCCUACUUGGUGUCCGAUUGAUGUACAGGCCUACAGAGCCUUUCACAACAACCUCGCAGUCGUGGGGCACUUCAACGGUACGAGCUCCUACGACGACGAUUACAGCAAGCAUACGGACCCAGCAGACUGGCCUGAUCUCUUGAAGUCGGAAGCAGUGUCUCUCAUCUGUAGAUUGGAACACAGAGCAGGUGGGCCGCUUGAACACGCCUUUGCGAGCAAGAAGCAUCAGGCACUCCGGGUCCCCGGCGGCGAGGCGGAUACUUCCAGCUUAGACAGCUUAGACGACGCCAAUGAGCGUGGGUGGCCAAGCGCACAAGGGCACGCCUGGGAAGUUCAAUUCUCGGAUGGGGCUCUCAUGGUACACGUUCCAUGCUGGGAGUUGCUGCAAGGCGUAGUUCAGUGGAGAACACAAAGUGUAGGACCAACACCUGCCAUGACACCGCUGAGAUACUGGCGAACGGAGUUUUUAGCCGGUCUCGCAAAGGCUAAAGAGCGUCAACGGCGUGACACCGCCGGUUUUUACUAUGGACUUCGGGCCCGACAAGUGCAAGAUCCCUCGCCCGACCGUUGGAGACACUUCGACAUUGUGGAAGAAUUUGUUAAGCACGGCUUUUGCGAUGCUUUUAUCUUCCUGCACGAAGCGACUGCUCAUUAUGGUGAUUUCGAGCCACACGUGGCGGCAGCCAUCAAUGACAGCAUCGACGGCAAGGGAAUAGAUUCCGCACGACGUGAAGAAGUGUGGGAGCGUCUGUCUGCAUGGGUCUGGCAGCCUCCUUAUCUAUUCGAAGUCGAGCAUGGCUUUACCUGCGUCAAUCACACGUCGCUGCCAGCGGUCAGCUCCCUCUCUUUCGGCAGACUUCCAACGGAAAUCCUGCUCGCGAUAUCUUCCUUCCUCGACCUCACUGAAGUGAUUGCCCUGGCGGCCACCUGUCGGGCUAUGGCGUGGCAGUGCGCCCAGUCCUUGGACGAAGCUGCACAACGCAAGAUGAACGAGAGUUAUCCCUGGAUGCUGCCGUACACAAAGCGUGAGAGGGACGCCUGGGAGCGCAGUCUCGUGCAGACGAAGGAGGCCCGGAAGAACUCCCACUUCUCCUGCUUUGUGUAUCUGAAGAACUCCAUCCGCACUACCACUGGCUUUGCGCGCAACCGAAAGCGUAUCUGGGGGUUGGCAAAGUCAGUCGUGGACAUGUCGUUGCGAAUCGAUGCCGAAGGCGAGCACAAUCUAUUUCGAGAAUAA